AUGCUGAAAUCUGGGAAGAAAAUAAAGCUGUCCAGAGCAAAGGUCAUGCAGAAAAUUGGAGAACUCUAUUCUCUGAGGAACUGUAUCAACCUGAACUCUGACCUGCUGAUCACGCCAGACUUCUACUGGGAAAGAGAGAACCUGGAGAUGCUCUAUGACAAGACCUGUCAGUUUCUUAAUAUCAACCGCUGGGUCAAGGUAGUGACCGAGAAACUGCAACCCUGCACUGAGCUGACAGACCUGAUGAAGAACCACCUGAGUGAGAAGCACAGCUGAAGGUUAAAGUGGAUGAUAGUCAUCCUCGUCACUAUUGAGGUGAUGUUUGAACUUGGCAGAGUGAUCUUCUGAAGAGCUGCAUUAGUGACGAUGAAAUAGAAAUGCUGACCAUGAUAUCUAUUUUUACAUACAUUUCUGUGUUUCUUCAUUCUGGCAAACUGUAAUAAUUCAAACGACCAAUCCGAUAUCUCAUCAACCCAGUGACUUGUCUG